AUCGCAAACGCGCCGCACUCUCUCUUUGAAUAGAUUCUUUCUGUUCUUCAAUCGACUGGUUUCUUCAUUUUGAGCUUAACGACCUCUUAUCCCUAAAAAAUGGUCCACAUUUGCCCAAUUUCUUCCAAGUUUUCUCAAUGCAGGUAAUCUCAAUCGCCAUUGCUCUAAUCUCUGCAAGUUCGGGUCUAAAGACGUUGAAUUAAUGUUUGUACAUGCGAGAAUCGAAUAGUUUUGGGACAUUCAAGCGGGUAUCGAUUCUAGGGUUUCUUUCAAUUCUGGAGAAGUGGUCGGAGCUGUUUCAGAGCUGAAUAUUGAUUAGCUGUGCUCGUGGUUAUCACAUUCUGAGCUCUCGUUUUGUGGCAUUGUGAAUUUUCUAGGGUUUCCAGCAGGGUUGCGCGAGCUGGAAUUUGGCUUCUAGGGUUCAUUUGUCAUUAUGGGUAAAUGAAGAAACUGGAUUUUGGUAUUUCACUUCAGAAGUUGCAACGAGGUUUUAUAUGGGGGGAAGUUUGGUUUUGCUUUGUUCUGGUUUUCCAUAUCUUUCCAGUUGUUGCUCAAAUGGGUUUUGGUUCUACACGUGGGCUGAACCUGAUAUUGCAACUUAAAUGGCUGAUCCGCAGAGAAACGGUCUAGCUGAAAGAGAUGUAGAGCAGGCCAUUGUAGCUCUUAAGAAAGGUGCAUAUUUGCUGAAAUAUGGGCGCAGAGGGAAGCCAAAAUUCUGUCCAUUCCGACUUUCUAAUGACGAAUCUAUGUUGAUAUGGUACUCUGGCAAAGAAGAGAAACAGCUUAAACUAAACAAUGUUUCAAGAAUUAUUCCUGGACAGCGUACUCCAAUAUUUCAGCGGUAUCCUAGGCCAGAAAAAGAAUAUCAAUCAUUUUCUUUGAUAUAUGGUGAUAGAUCAUUGGAUUUGAUUUGUAAAGACAAGGAUGAAGCUGAAGUGUGGUUCGUCGGUCUUAAGGGAUUAAUUUCACGUGGUAACUACCGAAAAUGGAGAAGUGAAAUAAGAGAUGAUAGUAUAUCAUCAGAGAGUCCACAUAGUCGUGCUCGAAGAAUUUCUCCAUCUCUUUCAUCAUCUGAUCCAGGAGAUACUCAACAAACUCAGGUUACUUUUGAGAAUAUUCCACAGAGUGGGUUGGGAAAGGCAUUCUCUGACGUAAUAUCAUAUACUGCAUCAACCAAGAGCUUUACUCAAGCUGAAUCAGUAGCCAGUUCUCUCAGCUCACUGUCAUCUGGUGGUGUGGAUAACUCAAAUGGUCGAACUUCGGCAUCUGAGAACUUUCGAGUUAGUUUAUCUAGUGCCGUGAGCUCAUCAAGUCAGGGUUCUGGUCAUGAUGAUUUUGAUGCCCUGGGUGAUGUUUUCAUGUGGGGGGAAGGCAUUGGAGAUGGGAUUAUGGGUGCUGGUGUGCAUAGAGUUGGGAGUUCAUCUAGUACCAAGAUAGAUGCCCUUCUGCCCAAGGCAUUAGAGUCAACAGUGGUGCUUGAUGUUCAUAGUAUUGCUUGCGGUGGUAAGCAUGCUGUGUUAGUCACCAAAAAAGGCGAAGUUUUUAGUUGGGGGGAAGAGUGUGGAAGCAGGCUUGGGCAUGGAGUAGAAGUGGAUGUUUCCCACCCAAAGCUCAUUGAUGCCCUUUGUGGCAUGAACAUUGAACUAGUUGCAUGUGGAGAGUAUCACAGUUGUGCCGUUACACUUUCUGGGGAUCUUUAUACAUGGGGAGAUGGUACUCACAAUUCUGGUCUUCUUGGGCAUGGAAGUGAGGCUAGUCACUGGAUCCCUAAAAAAGUAAGUGGGCCCAUGGAGGGUAUGCACGUAUCAUAUGUUGCUUGUGGACCUUGGCAUACUGCUGUUGUGACAUCUGCAGGUCAGUUAUUUACAUUUGGCGAUGGAACUUUUGGUGCCCUGGGCCAUGGAGAUCAUAGUAGCAUGAGUAUUCCAAGAGAAGUGGAAGCUUUGAGAGGACAGCGUACGAUGAGGGUUGCUUGUGGUGUUUGGCACACUGCUGCAGUUGUUGAAUUAAUGAUUGCAUCCUCUAGUUCUGAGUCUUCUGGUAGCUCUUCAUCUGGAAAACUGUUCACCUGGGGUGAUGGAGAUAAAGGGCGACUUGGACAUGGUGAUAAAGAACCCAGACUAGUUCCCCAGUCUGUAACUGCGUUGAUUAAUGAAAGUUUUUGUCAAGUAGCAUGUGGGCAUAACCUCACAGUUGCUCUCACAACCUCAGGACGAGUAUAUACAAUGGGGAGUGCUGUGUAUGGACAGCUGGGAAGUCCUGUAGCUGAUGGAAAGAUUCCAACACUUGUUGAAGGUAAAAUCGCAAACAGUUUCGUGGAAGAGGUUGCUUGUGGUUCUUAUCAUGUUGCAGUUUUGACUUCAAAAACAGAGGUUUAUACUUGGGGAAAGGGUACAAAUGGGCAAUUAGGCCAUGGAGACAAUGAUCACAGAAAUACACCCACACUUGUUGAUUUUCUAAAGGAUAAGCAAGUGAAGAAUGUAGUAUGUGGUUUAAACUUUACUGCAGCCAUUUCUCUUCAUAAAUGGGUGUCUUGUGCUGACCAUUCUAUAUGCUCUGGUUGUCAUAAUCAAUUUGGUUUCAGAAGAAAACGUCACAACUGUUAUAACUGUGGGCUAGUUUUUUGCAACACAUGCAGCAGUAGGAAAUCUCUGAAAGCUUCUUUGGCUCCAAACAUGAACAAGCCAUAUCGCGUGUGUGAUGAUUGCUUCACCAAGUUGAAGAAGGCCAUGGAAUCUGGAUCUGUUCUGCGCAUUCCUAAAGCAAGGAGUAGUAAUAUACUUCAGAAGUCCAACGAGAUAGCAGAAAGAGACACAAUGGGUCCUAGAGUACAGGGACAACUGUCCAGACUCUCAUCAGUUGACUCAUUCAGUCGAGCUGAAAGCAAACAUUACAAGUGCGACACAAAGCUAGAAUUUAAUGAUGGUCGUGUCUCUCCCCAUCUGAAUGGAAAUGUUCAGCGGGGAAGCUUCCAUUCAUCGAAGUUGUCGAAUUCUCUAUUUGGAGGUUCAAGGAAGAUUUUUUCAGCUUCUCGUCCUGGCUCCAGAAUUGUUUCUCGGGCAACAUCUCCUGUUUCAGGGAAGUCAAGUCCACCUCAGUCUGCAAUGCUAGCAGCAUCUCUUGCUGUUGUUAGAUCUCCUGAAGCAAUGGAUGAUGAUCCAAAGCAUACAAAUGACAGUCUAAGUCGAGAAAUCAUAAAUUUAAGGGCACAGGUAGAAAACCUUACUGGAAAAUCGCAAAUUCUUGAAGCUGAACUUGAAAGAUCAUCUAGGAAAUUGAAAGAGGUCACUGCUGUAGCGGAAGGUGAAGCUGAAAAAUGCAAAGCUGCAAAGGAAGUUAUCAAGUCUCUAACUGCACAGUUGAAGGAGAUGGCUGAAAGAGUGCCAGAAGAACAUAUUUCCAUUAGUAAAUCAGGUUCUAGUGCCAGACAAACUCCUAAUAUUGUAGAUAUGUUCUCUAAUGAGAACCAUUCAACAAGCCUAACCUCUCCUGAGAGCGAGUCCAAUGGCAGUUCAGUAAAUCCUAUCCUGUCCAGUGGAACCAAGGCACAAACUGAAAAGUCAGAAUGGGUAGUGCAAGAUGAACCAGGCGUGUACCUAACUCUUUCGUCCUUGGCAGGGGGUGGUAAUGAACUCAGACGGGUUCGUUUCAGUCGGAAACGCUUCACUGAGGAACAGGCAGAGGUUUGGUGGGCUGAAAAUGGGUCCAAAGUAUGUGAGCGGCACGACAUAAGAAGUGUGGAGUAAUACGUAACUGGCACGAACACAAUGGGUGAAGGAAAGCCUAACUGACGUAACUGUUCUCCAUGACCCUCUCCCCCUCUACUGAAAACUGUAUAUUUUUUGUUUCAGUCAUUCAGUGGAGUUGAAAAUCAAAGAUCCCGUGUCUCUCCCUUACCAUCAUGACUUUGUUCACAGUUCCAAACAUGCAGUCUCAGUUCUCAUCUGGGAAAGGAUCAAACAAGAGACAUAGCCCUAUAGAAAGCUAAGCCACUAUGUGGAUUGGCUUUAUCCUGCCUUGGCUUCAAACAACCUGAUUCAAUGUGCUUUGAGAGCCCAUCUGGUGGUGGUCUGCUACCUUUCAAGCUUGGAAAGAAGCUGCCUGAGCCCUAACCAUGUUUGGUCGCACGUUGGCAGUCAGAGCUAUGUAUAUCAAGAUGUAAGAGAGGUACGAAUGUAGGAAGAAAGUAAGUGCCAAGGGAAAAAUGAAAAUGAUAUUUUGAGCACUGUUGAGUUUGUGCAGCAGUAAUUUUUUCUUCUUUACGAGUCAAGAAAAUCUGAUGCUUUUCCGUCCAAGGUUCUCAUCCUGUUUUUCUUUUCUUCCCGUGGUUCCUGAAUAUGAGGAUACUAAAAAAGAAAAUUUUGGAUCCUGUGCAUUAGGAUAUCUUUUGAUUCAAAAUUUGAGGACUAUUUGAUAGCGUUUUUGUAAACAGCUAUGGUUCUCAAUUAUUUUUAGGAGCUCAAAUAUAAAAAGUACUUUUUUUUUUU